UCUAGGGUUUGAUUUCUUAGACACCAAGUUCAUAGCUUCCUGGGAUUGCUUUUUUUUUUUUUUUUUUUUUUUCGUUCCUUAUAUUUUGCUUUAUUCCGUCUGCGCCUGCGUUCGAAUCCGCAAUGGGGUUGAAGUUUCAUGCUUUGGAAUUUUAGUGUGACAGAUGCUCUAGCAGUUAUUUACGAAUAUUCCUUUACACAUUUAUUCACAUGUCAUGCAGAUGUGGAAACGACCAAGUGUGCUCAUGGAAGAAAGCUAUAUGUGUGAAAAGAUUAGAACAACACCUUUCCAUAAACUCAUACUCCUUUCUUCAAGAUUCCAUAUUUGAAUGGCGGCUGAUCAGUUGAAUAAACGGUCUAAAUCAAGCAAUAUCAUUCGUCACACUUCUUGGGAAACUCAAAAAGCAAAAAAGAAGAAAUUUUCUCAUCAUGAUUUAAAUAUAAAAUCAAAUAUCUCUCUUGAAUGGGAUGAGAAGAAAGAACAAGUUGUUCCCAAAAAGGAGCAGAUUGGUGUAGCCCGAAGAGACUUGACUCCAUUUCUUCCACUUCUUCCACAUUCCCAAAAUGCCCUUGGCGAUGUCUUUGCAGCCCCUUCUGAGUUGUUUCAACUGGAUAACUUGACCAGUUUGCUAUCUUAUGAGGUUUGGCAAACUCAUUUAUCUGUACAAGAAAGAGGGUUUCUGACUCAAUUUCUUCCUGAAGGAGCUGAGCCACAUAAAAUUGUUCAUGAAUUGUUAGGUGGGAAUAAUUUCUACUUUGGAAAUCCAUUCAUGAAAUGGGGGUCUUCGGUUUGUUCAGGUGAUUGUCAUCCUGAUGCCAUUCUCAGUCAAGAACAGUGCAACAAGGCUAACAAAAUUGCAUAUUAUUCCGAAUUGCAUAAGUAUCAUACUAAAAUGAUUGGAAAUCUGCAACUAUGGAAAGAAAGAUGGGCAAGCUGUGCGAAUCCUGAAAACGAAUUUACACAAAAGAUACUAAGGUCCAGAAAAGAUUUUCACAAAAGUGGCUCAUUGCAUGAGAAUGGUAUACAAUAUGGUCAAGAAGAUGAAUUUGGUGCAACUUCUAAUUCUUGUUCUUGGGAUGCUGAUGAUAAAUCAUAUACUAGUGAUAGCCCAAAUUUAGCAAUUACAAAUGGAGAAACUAUAAUGAGGAUCCCGAAAAUGGAUUUGGAGAACAGAUUUUAUGACUCUUCAGGUGAAAGGAGAUCAGUAGCAAGAGCUAGAAAAGGAGAUAAAAUACGCAAGCUUAAUAUAGAAUGUGGUGAUGGUGCCAAAUAUAUGUCAUAUAUCAAGGUUAGCAAGGAGCAACAUGAACGAGUUAAGAGCAGUAUGAAACACUCUAACACAAGUAUUCAGCCAAGAUCUCUUAAUCAUGUUUUAGGCAAUCUUGAUAGCUUCUGUGUUCAACCAUAUGAAGUGUUUGAAGAAGAAGAGAGACAAAACCUGCAUCACCACUGGUUGAAUUUGGCGAAAAUAGAUCUCCCUGCAGGGUAUGAGAAUUGGAAAAGUUGGCAAUCUGCAAAGCGGGAAGUGACAAAGUCUUUGAAGAAAGAAAUUGAAGAUAAAAGAAAGUCAAAUCAUCUCUCACUUUCAAAUUUGUAUCCUCACAAUGAGGAAAAUGAAGAAACUCAAAUCUUGCUACUUCAUGGUGAUCACAAUGCAAAUUUAGACAGUGGGCUUGUGAAUUCUGAGGAUGAUGAAGAAGAAGAACAACAGUUGGUUGGUAACUUAUGUGAUGAGCAACUGUCCGAUGUAGAAACAGAUGAUGUGCUUUUAGUUGCACCAGAGGAUACGAUGGAACGGAAUGACGAAUCCCUAUUCCAGUCGGAGGCAGAUCUUAAUGACACAGACGAAACUGCAAUGCAAAUUGAACAAACAGACGAAUCCAGUGAAGAUUCCCCCCGGAAUCACCAUCUGCCGCCCAUCACCAUCCAUAAUAACAACCAAAACUUCUGCCCGAUAACCAUCGCCACCAAUAACGAACCCAAUCCUUUCGUGUCUAACCUUCACGAAUACACCGAAACAAUGAGUCAACCCGAUGCCCCCGUCAGUCAACAAUUCCCCCUGCCACCUGCUCCCACUGAAAUAUGGCCAUCCACCACCCUACCUACCUCCUACUACCAUCAACCGCCACCUGUAGUCACCCAUGGAUACGGUGAACUGUCACUCGGCCAUCCCCAAAUCAGGCGAUCCGAUGGUGGUGGUGGUGGUGGUGGUGGUGAUUCUUUCUUCUAUCCGUAUGCAAAUCAAGACACCCGUAACGAAUUACUACUCCACUCACUUUUCAAAGAUCCCGGGACUUCUUAUCUUCACGAACAUAAGCUCUCCCGCCUUGGUUACCACCCAACUGGCGGUGAUCCGGUGGCCACCACCAGUCAAUUCCCAAGAAACCUUCAAGAAAACAUUUUUGCAGACGGAGGUGGUCGGUUCACCAUUCCGAGGCAAGAACAGUUGUUGCCGCUUCACGAUUGGCCCGGAAACACCCAUCAACCGAUUCAAAAUUGGUUUUCCGGCGAUGAGGUGGCACGUGAUGGGUGGUCCGGGAACCAGGACAUGGGAAAUGGCUGUGUGACAGGUGGUCCGGUGGUGGCGGACGAAAGCUUAUAUAGUGUUUUAUCUCAGUGUAACGGGCUGCGUUCAGGUGUUAAUUUUGGUUCAUCGGGUGAGUUUAUUCAGUCUGGGAACUAUGGCGGGAUUGGGCGGCCUAUGGGCAGCAAUAGUGUGGCACCUCGGGCAGGUUUGAACUACAUGAGUGGUAAUGAAGCUCAAUCUGGGGCAGGAGGGGCAGGGACCAACGGUUUGGGGUGGAUGAAUUUGCCGAAACCGUUUCAGAGAUCAUGGAACGCUAAUGAGUUAGGAUGA